AUGUCCCAAGCCAAGAUCGCCAUCAUAACCGGAGCAUCUUCUGGCCAGUCUUGCGCUCCCAUUUGUACAGGCAUCGGCCGUGCGACAGCCGUUGCACUUGCGGAAGCCGGAUGGUCUGUCACACUCACCGCACGCCGAGAGACCCAGCUUCUUGAGACUCGGUCGGUAUGCAUCCAAUCACGCAAGGAUCGUACUGGAACGGAUAUUGGAGAGGAUUCUUUCCUGGUUGCACCAGGAGACAUCACAAACGAAGAGUUUAUUCGGCAACUUUUUGCAAAGACAGUAGAAAAGUUCGGUCGUGUCGACAUGAUCUUCAAUAACGCAGGCAUCUCAGCAAACGGAACGCUCACCGAAGACCUCUCGCUCGAUACCUUCAACGCAGUGAUGACGACUAACGUCACCGCUCCUUUCAUGUGUACACGGGAAGCGAUACGUGUGUUCAAAGCGCAGAACCCGCCCGGAGGACGUAUCGUCAACAACGGUUCUCUGGCCGCACAUGCCCCUCGGCCAAACUCGCUAGCAUAUACUGUGGCGAAACAUGCUAUCACCGGGUUGACGAAAUCGACAGCGUUGGACGGACGGGCGCAUAACAUAGCGUGCACUCAAAUUGAUAUUGGCAACGCCUACACACCUAUGUCCUCUGCCCACAAUGGCCCUUCACUCCUUCCAACGGACACGAACCCUGAGGAAGAUAGAAAUAUCAUGCACCUUCAGCCAUAUGGGAAGAUGGCACCGGAGGGUUCAUUCGACGUGAAGUUUGUAGCGAGCCAGAUCGUGUCUAUAGCCAGUUUGCCAAAUAGCGUGACGGUUCUAGAGUUCAACAUCAUGGCAACGAAUAUGCCCUAUGUGGGACGUGGGUGA